AUGGCGGCAGAGACUCAGAGGCCUCAGCAGUUCCUCGUUCCACAAUUCCUCGGACAUCCUGAACGGCACAACUCUGUUGGAUAUCACUUUCCACCAAUAUCUGGACAGGACCGCUCCUCGAGUAUCUCUCUUCAUCCGCCAUUUACCACUCUUCCACCGCCAUCCUCAAGGGCAGGAGCUUCAACAAAUCCCCAAGAUUAUGUACAACGGUCAGUACCGAUAGCCAAACUGCUGUCCGGUGCCCCUCAGGAAUCGCCCUAUCGCUCCCAACUCUCAGUCGCGGGGCAUCUUUCUCCAGAAAUCGCGUCGCCGCGAUUGCAUGCACACCAGCGAAGCACAGCCAACUCGGCAAUACACUUACCACCACCAAAUUCGCGUACGGCGCCUGUCUUCCAGAUACCGCAAUAUCCACCUCAGGCUUCCAGUUCUCAACAUGUUUCACGAUACCCGCCAUACAGUCCGCCAGUUGCUUCGAAUAGUCCAUCUUCGGCAUCGCUUGAUUCUGCUACUUCACCACGUGAGCCUCCAUCUGCGAUCUCGGAGAAGUUCAGUCGCUUGCCUUCCUUCUCUACCCCCUCAUCUAACUUGAGAUACGAGUUGAAUAUGCGACAGCAACCUGUUGCUGCUAGAGCAUGCGGCUUUGGAGAACGUGACCGCCGCGUGGUGGACCCGCCCCCCAUCUUGGAACUCAAAGUCAUCGAUGCCGAAACAGGGAAGGUGGAUAGCGAAAACACUCCUUAUGUGUACACGACAUUGCAUUGUACUCUGAUCAACUCGAUGACGUACAAGGACGAAUCGCAGAUCGAGCCAGCGCAUCCAAACGCACCAGCAACACAGCGUCUCAUGGGUACCGCGGUAGCAUCUCCGUUCUCUGGUACGGACGAGACUGGAAGAAGAGGAACGUUCUUCGUCUUCCCCGAUCUCUCUUGUCGCAAUCCUGGAAGAUAUCGGUUCCAAUUUCGUUUAUUGAUCGUGGAUCCAUUAAAUCUUUCCGUCGGAACGACUUCGCGGAUUCAAAGCUCGAUCAUCUCAGAAUCUUUCGAGGUGUUCACAGCAAAGGAGUUUCCAGGCAUGCGAGCUAGCAGUGCUUUACUGAAAGCCUUGAGGAAACAAGGUCUGAAUGUGGCUGUGAAGAAAGGUCGUGAAGCCACAAAGAAGGCUACAAGGAGGUCUGGCAACGCUGAUGAAGACAACAGCAGUGCAGACGACGGAGAGAAUGCUGCGGAAGAGGACGAUCAGGAUAGUGACGACGCACAAUCGCCAAUGGCCAUCGGAAACAAGGAUCGAAGAAAGAGAAAGAGGAAAGAAUGA